AAGUAUUCCCACGCAUGUCGUGUCACUUCAAUUGCUGACAGCCAUACGCAAGGUAGACUCAACAGCCAUGACCAUACAGGAGCUAGCGGAAGGCAGAAUAGACUUCAAAGGGCAGAAGACGUCGGAUGAUAUUGUUCGCGUGAUACUCAUCGCUAGCACAUUUUUAUCUUUUGUGAUUGGGUUUGCCUUCAGCUCUCUCAUGAUGACAAUGAGUACGUUCGCACUCUGUAAUGUGGCGCUGUGUCUGGUGAGUUUGUUUCACGAAACUUUGAUGUACCUGGCCGAUUCAGACAUUUACUAUAGGUUGUCCUGCCUCCUUGGCCCAUGUUCAAUCGGCAUCCAGUGAAAUGGUUAUCUCUUGCGGCGGACGGAAGAGUGAGUCUUAUAAAUAUGCUAUUUGUGUGCGCUUC